AUUUUUAUGCACCGAGAGUCCAAUUCCCAUCCUAGGAUCUCCUUUACCACAGUCACUACUUUCAUCUUCAACACUUCGUUCGUUCAUUUGCGCCAUCAGCAAUAGUUUGAAAUUACAUAUCGUUUUCCUUUGGUGGUGGUAAUUGUAGAGGAGGGAGGAGUGGUAUCCAUCUUACUCAAGAUAUGGGGGACUUGUCUUAUUUUUGUUAUUUCAGCCUUUUCUAUUUUGACUAAGAAAUUUUUUCUCGGUUACUAAACAAAAAUACAAGGAAAAAUUAUUUAAAAUUUUGAAAUAAACUUUAAUAUUAACUCAGCCUCAUUUAAGUUUAUUUUAUACAUAUUUCUUUUAAUCUUUCCUAAAAAAUGCCUACAAAAACAACAACUAACAGAAAACGGAGUGCAGAGAUUUGUCCUCAUCCUCCUCAUUUAUUAAACAAAAGGUAUUGGGAGGAAGCUAAAGCAGGAAAAGCACGUUUGCCAAACAAAUCUGGUCCUCAAAACGUCUGUACAAAAAAGGAAAUUCCUUGUAAUUCUCGAAAUGAGGUAAAAACGCGUUUUGAACUCCCAAUCUCUACUCCAAAAAUUGCUACAAAUCCUUUGGAUGUCAAUUUCUUAACAACUUCGUCUACUCUGUCUGACAACAUUGCACUAAACAUAACUCCAAAAAAUAUAUUAAAACCAGCAAAUUAUAAUAAUCAAAGUAACAUUUCUCCCUCAACAAAUAUCCCUCCUCAAUUUGUUUCUGUUCCUUCAUCUCUCCCCCCAUUUCCCUUUCGACUUCCAAUUAAUUCUAAAGAGACAACACCUCCAAAUUUUGAAGAAUUAAUGAGGACAGCACCCCCACCACAAUUUAAUUUUCAAAUGUUUCCACCCCCACCACUACUUCCACCUUCCUUUCAUUUUCCUCCAUUUCCACCUCCAGGAUUUUUUCCCGAAAAUUCAAUGUUUCAACAAGGAAAUUCUACAGGACUUUUACAUUCAUCCCCUCCUAUAUUUCAACAAUUUCCUCAAUUUUUAAAUGAAAAACAAAAUUUUAAUAAAAAAGAAUCUACAGCAUUAACGCAAUUAAUGGAAAUAUUUAAUCAAAAAGAAACAGCUAAAGAAUCAACUAGUCAACAACAACAAAGCUUAAAUGAUUUUAAACAAAUUAGUGGUAAAGAACAAAAAUUACUAAAAUAUUGCGAUUCUGAUGAACAAAUUGACCAAAUGUUGGAUGAAAUGGUUAAAAAUAAAGAAAAAAUAUCAAAUAAAAGAGAGAAAAAUCUUUGUAUUUUAACAUUACCAGUACCUAUUCCUAUAAUUGUUCCAGUAACUAAUGAUUUUUUAUUUAAAUAUUUUUCUAAAUAA